AUGACUUAUAUUCUAGUAAUACUGGGGACUUGCCUGUCUCUGAUAGCAGUAUCUAACGGAUGUUUCCCUUAUGAUACGAAGUUUAGCAAAGUUGGUACUACUAUUCAAGUACCAACUGUUGCACGUGAUCAAUGGUGGUGUCCUGCAAAUAGAUUUUAUGGAUGGCUAGGAUAUGUUCGUGAUCUGAAAGGUUGGACUUGUAGUGAUGCUGUCUAUUCGCUUGCACGUCUACAACAAGAUUUUAAAAAAAUGGCUGAUGAUGGAGCUAAAAUGGUUCGAAUAUACGGACCAAUUUGUGAACAACAAAUGGUCUGGGAUAAUAUUAUACAAGCAGCAGCUGAAAAUAAUCUUGGUGUGCUUGGCAUUGUUUGGCAUGGAUAUAGCGAUAGUGAACUUAAUAAAUGGGAAGAACGAAAAAAUGCUCUAAUGGCUGUUCUUAAGAAACCAUUAAGCAAAUAUGUCAUUCAUUCUGUUUCAUUUGGUUCUGAACCAUUAUUUUCAUGGAGUAUUUCGGGUACUUUUGUUGCUGAAUUAACAAAAAUCAAAACGGAAUUAAAAGCAUUAAGUAUUCCACUUACUGUUAGCGAGAUGAAAUAUGGUUAUGAUGUUUGUCCUGCUGCUGCAAAAAAUGCUGUUAUUAAUAAUAUUGAUUUUAUAUCAGCUCAUAUUAUGCCAUAUUAUGGAACAUGUGAUUUACCAGGACAAGUAUGGAAUUUCAUUACAAAUGAGAUAGACGCAUUCAAACGUAUGAUACCCGGUAAACAAAUGAUGAUAACUCAAAAUCCAUGGGGUUCAAGUACAUAUGGUCGUAAUCGAGGAUCAGUUUGUGGAUCUGAUGUAUGGAAAGGUGUUUCUGUAGAAGGUGCUAAUGAAUAUUGGAGACUUUGGAUAAAUAAUUGUCAAUAUUUUAAACAACAACAAAUUGGAUGGUUUGCACAUACAUUUUCGGCUGAUUCAGAAUAUAAUUUUGGAAUAUAUGGUCCUCGUAAUGAUGCCGUACCUUAUCCACGUCACAUUGAUUUUAAACCUAUUUUUUGUUAA